AUGGGAGAAAUUAGUCAAAAUAUAUUAGGGAAAACAGCUGAAAUUGAAUCAUUUAAAGGUUUGAAGUAUUUUGGUACAAUAGCUCAAAUUAAUUCACGAGCAUUGACGCUGACACUUAUGAACGUAAAGCAGAAGGACAGCAAAGAUUUUUUUAACGAUUUUUUGGUAUUUCGAGUAAUCGAUAUGAAAUAUUUAUGAAUUAAAGAAUAA